UACGUCUACAUCCCAGGGGAAGAAAUCAGAAUGGCUACCUUGACUUGCACGCAGAUUCUGUUGGCUAUCGGGAUGCUUAUUUCAGGAUCUAUAAACACACUGUCAAAGAAAGCACAAAAUGACUGCACGUAGGUAUCCAUUUGAUCGACCUUUACGAAGCUCUGCGGAUACAGGCUUAAACAGAUCGAGAAUUAAGGAAUUAUCAUUUUAGGAUUUUUGCUGCUUUACACACGCAGAAAGUCGGAAAUUCGAAUUGAGUGAGUUUUCAGGAGUACUUUUUUUUCCGUUCAAUCAAAUUUAUUAGCAUAUUCCUGCAAAAUUCAAACCUAUUUGUUUCCCAAUGUCGGAAGAUCACAACGAUAAGAUGUGACCGGUUGGAAAGUUAGACUCACUUGGUGACUGCAUCGUUCCUAAAGGUUUUUGACUUCCAUAUACCCAUAUGCCUGUAUGCAUGUAAUUUUCCUCGGUGUUCUUUACAAAUUCCUAUGGCACUGACAGGGAGAAUUUGCUCAUUAAUCAAUGGUGUCUAUAAUUUAGAGAUAAUUUCCUUUAUUCUCAUGAUUGUAAAUCGUGAUUCUGAUCAGCAGUGUUGCUGUUACGAGACUAAACAUGUCCACUCCAAAGAAUGAAGAUGCUGAGGUCAUCCUCAUGAUUGAAAUUGUUUCAUGUUCCAUCCCCUGAUCACCCUACUCUUUGGAAAAAUUAGAAAAAAAAAUACAAACAAAAAUGAAAACAAAAGAAUGAGCUCUAAACCUAUUCUCAAUUUUAUUUAAUUUGAUUUUUCUAGAGCUAAGGGAUUGGAAGACGAACACGGCGAUGAAGUUCACAAAUUUGACCAUCCAUGGUUUCAAACAGGUCUAAUGUUUAUUGGUAAGGCUGUAAUCUAAUAAAGACGAUCUUAAAGAUUUUUGCUUUGUUUUCAAAUUCAUAUUUUGUUAAAAAUAUUUUUAUUCAUUUUCCUAAUCCACACUUAAUUGAUUUAAUUGCAAGGGGAAACCAUGUGUCUGAUUGGUUUGUGCAUUCAUAGAAGAAGAGAAAGACGGAAAUUAACACAGGUUUGUGGAGAAUGAUCAAGUCACCUGUUAAAUGUCCCAAAUAACAUCUUUAUUUCUCUGUUUAAGUUUUUCCUAUCUAACUUUUAAUGCAUUAAUGAAUUAAAUACUCUACACCUCAGGUAUGUCAAAAAGUUGGACUGACUGACUUACAAAUUACUUGUAAGUGAAUUACUGUCAAACUUAUAGACUGAUUAGCUGACUGACUGACUGAUGUAGUGAUUGGCUGACUCGCUGACUGGCUGACUGGUUGAUACACAAAAAAACAGGGCUCCUGAAAGUUAUUCAUUCAGCUAGCAAGGUUCACUCUUGGUCAAUUUUUAUAAACCAUGACGGCCAGACUAUCAAUAAGGUGAAGGAGGCACAGUCAUACCAUCAUUUAAGACUUUAAAAAAAAGUGCUACGGAAUUAUGUACAAGUCAUUCACUAUGUAAAGGAGGUGUAAUUAGUUUUGAGUGAUUUCUUGUUUACUUUGAAUUUUAUUUCUCAUAAUUUUUUCUAUUUUCUUUUGCUUUUGUUUUUUUAAUUAUUUUUUUGUUUUUGAAAUCAGAAUUUACUGAAUGUCAAUAGAGACCAAAGUAAUGAUGGAUCUUGUGUAGAAAUGGCUCGACAACCAAGGUAGGAUACAAUCAAAUGAUCUUUGAGUUGACUUUGCUUCAUCUGUCAUUGGUUUAUGCUCUCAAUGAUGAAGUGCUUGGCUGUGAGAAACCAAUUGCCAAAUAAUUGCUCACUGCAGAAUUCUUGGUUCAUUUCUUUUGUCAUUUGAAUGUGAAAUUUGGUUUUGUCGAUUCCAGAGCAUGUUUGUUUCUGGCUGUUCAAAAACUACUUUGUACUUAUACAAAUGAUUUGUGCUGAUCACUCAAAACUACAGUCAUGUGUCAGUAUAUUAAUAUCAACAGUACUAAUAUUUUACUUACAGAGUGUUCCAGUGGAUUUUUGCAUUUCCUACUGUUUGUGAUCUGUUUGGAACCUCUUUGGGCGGUGAGUUUUAGAGCAGAACAACAAAUGAAAAAGGACUCAUUCAGUCAAAUUGGUUAGAUUUAUAUUGUAGGAAAAAAUAGAAACAUUAAAUCUGAUUUUUUCUUUCUGACUAGGAAUUGGUCUUCUUUAUGUCAAUGCAUCAGUGUGGCAAAUGCUCAGAGGUUCAAUAAUAAUAUUCACUGGUGUGCUAUCUGUGAGUAUAUGGUCCAGUUUACGUUUUAAACCUUGUAACCCUUUCAUGUAUCCUAGAAACAGAGCUUUUGACAGGGUGUGGGAAAGAAUAAACAUGUAGACAUGUAGGGAGGUGUGGGAACCUAUAGUGGUUUAAGAACGGAAUAGGAUGCUAAUCCACAGCAGAAUAACCCCCUCUCCCCCCUUCUCAAGCAUCUUUUGCCAGGCUUCCAUGACAGUUCUUUGGUAAUUAACCAUCUUUACUCCCGGAUGGACUAAGAAGACUCUGAGAGAAUAUAUCAUCUUGCCCAAGAACACAACACAAUGACCUUAAAGUUCUUUGGUACCCAUUUACACUCUUAAGCAAUCUUUUAUCAGGCUUCUUUGACAGUUCUUUGGUAACCAAAGUGGACUAGGCUGACUAUCUGAAAAUACAUCAUCUUGCCCAAGAGCACAACACAAUGACCUUACAGUUCUUUGGUACCAUUUACACUCUUGGGUGGACUACGAAGACACUAUGAGAGGACAUCACCUUACUUAAGAAAACAACACAAUGACCAGGCCAGGAUGCUGGCCAUUUGUGGUUGCUGCUUCAUCUCUCAUGCAAACAUUACCUUUGCCUAAUUUUUUUUGUAGAAAAUCUUCCUCAAGAGAAAGUUGUGGCCAAUUCACUGGAUUGGAAUGAUUGUUACCAUGGUGAGAGAUAUACCUCAAUGAUAUUUUUAAUCAAAUGAUAGGAACAGAGCAAAUAGAUAGUGUAGAAAUGCUUGACUUUUGCUGAGCUUGUUCUUAGAUAUCCUGUAACAUCACUGAAACAAAAAAGGUUUGGCUUCACCAAGGGUCCACCUAUGUGCCUUUACUAGGAGUGCCUGACUUGUUCAUCAUUGUUGCACCUAGAAGUGAACUGGUAUUGUUGCACACAAAAUACUGACAAAAGUUAGUUUAGAAUAAGAGGCGUAGAUUUCUUUCAAACCUUGGUUACAAAAUUAUAUGGUAGAUGGUUAUAUGGAAUCUUUGUAUAAGUUGUAGGUUAUUUGUUUAUUUUGGAAUUGGCAGCUUGGUUUAGUACUUGUUGGAUUAUCAAGUGUUCUAAGGGACAACCACCAAGGAGCCUCUCAGGGACAAGUUGUCUUUGGUAAUAAAAUGAUGCACAAUCUUACAUUGCACAAUCAACUAUAGAUUCAUUGCACUGUACCAAAAAGUACAUCUUUAAAAAAAGAUCAUGUUUGUUUCAUCUAGCCAAAGGUUAUCCUGUUUUCUUUUUUUUGUUGUUGGAGAAGCUAUCAGGAGUGUUGAAGAUUCCAUGACAGUUGCUGUUACCAUUGUGUGUUGGUUUUCAAAAAUCAAAUAUUCUAUGUUAAGUGACCAGUUGUGCACGGAGCCAGAGGGUAUUUCUUAGGCAUUCAUUUCUCUACUUCAAGCUGGCCAGUUUAACCAAGUCUUGACUAUAGAUACUUUACUCACGUGGAACUAUAUAUAUAUAUUUAUAUUUAUAAAUUUUUUUGUUUGUUUUGUCUUUUUUUAACUAAGUUACUUUUUUUGAACAGGAAUUGUUUUGAUCUUGGCAGGUCAAAGUGUCAGCGCUACCCAAAUGAUAGUAGAAGAAUUAUUCCUGAAGAAAAAGAACUUCCAUCCUUUGCAGGUUAACUUUGUAGGAUUCACAAAAGAAAACAUAAGAACGAGAUAUGAUAUUGAGCCACUACGUAAAUCGUUAUCCAAGUCAUCAACAAAUGAUAACAAUUGUAUUCGCCUCAAAAGUAUUCCUGUCUUAUUUGUUGCUUAAGGGGAACGAAACGCAACUGUCGAAAGUAGGUAAACUGAUUUAGGUAAACUGAUUUGGUUCUAGCUACAAGUGAAUGCGAGAGCAAAAUUAAUUUUUGAUUACCAAGCACAUGUUAUUUCAUAAAUAAUUUUAGUUAUUGUGGAGUCAAAAAAAAGCUUUUAGAACUGCCCAUUCAAGGAAUGAAUGGAACAAUGUUUUGAAUGAUAUGAAGUUACUGAAACAUGCUAGGUACAGAAAGGUGACAUGCUCUGGUGAAGUCUUCUGCCAAAACAAUAAUUAGUUCUUCGUUUCUGUUUGAUAAAGGUGGUUGGAAUGGAAGGCUUCUUUGGAGUCAUUUUCAUGGCUAUUGUAAGUGUGACAAAUUGCGUUGCUUAUAUCAAAUUUCAUUCCAUAUUUUUUCUCUUCUAUUGUAAGCUUACCGUUUUUAUUUUAUUUCUGAGCAUCAUACUGGACUAAUGUAAGUCAUUGUGUAAAAUGACUCUCGUUUGUUAGGCGGGGUUUACCGGGAAACUUCCUUGGGGAAUGAAGUGAAACAACUAUCUAAGUAUUCUUUUUUAGUUUCUGUUUUUAUGAAGCCCCAUUACGCAACUGGAAAUUAAAACUCUCUGUACGUUGGAACAUAUUAACAGAAUGCUAAAUCCUUGCGGAACAAGUCAGACCGCUUUACUUAACAAGCAAUUUUUACCUCCAAAAUAGCAGUAUGCUCCACAAACCAAUUUUUUUAUUUUUUUUUAUUUUUUUUAUUUUUAUCUUUAAGUUUGCUUGAAUUAAUUGUCAGUAAUGAUUGUGUUUGGACAUUCCAUCAAGUAACCUAACCUUUGUUUAUGAAUUGUGCUAAAAAAUUCGACGUUGGAGGCCGCCAUUUUGGACCUUGCUUCGCGGCCUGGUCGCUUUCCUGUGACGUAAUAUAGUGUCGUCGCUCUUUUCCUAUGCAUCUGUCGGAGCUGAAACAUUAUACCCACCUUUAACAAAGUCAGAGGCGUUUAGUAGUUUAUUUGCCAUUGUGUUCUUCUCUUGUUCUUGUUACAGAUAGUCCUUCCUGUGCUGUAUUAUAUUCCAGGAGAACAAAAUCACCACAGCUAUGAAAACAGCCUUGAUGCACUGCUGAUGAUCAAGAAUAAUGCUAAAUUGUUGAUAAUGUCAGGUAUGAAAAGUCCUCUGUCUGAAUGUAAUUCUUGUGGGUACGGCAUUCGUUCUGGUUUGCUCAAGUGUGAGGAUAUCUAAAGAACGUACUUGCCCUCUCAAUCAUACCUUCUAGAAACAGGCCCUUUGAGUCAUUUUCAACUGAGUGUCAAAAGUAACUCAAGUUUAUUUAGAUUUUCCUUGAAUCUGUGAUUGUUUCUAGAAAACUCACGCUACCGUGCCUCUUAACCAAUCAGAUGCCAAAAAAAGAUAAUAACAAUAAUGAUCACUAUUUGAACACGCGUUUAAUCACAAAGCAAUGUUUCGUGUGAUAUUUUGCGUCACCUUGAUUGGCUGUUGUGGUGACCGGUUUUUGUUUAAGACACUCAAUGUGAACGCUCCAAUAGUUGUCACGAUACUCUGAAACUUAAUGAUAGCUUAGUCUUCUAUCAUGGGAAGGAGUUCUUAUGUGAUGGACAAAGUUCCCAUCAAGGAUCAGUAGCAAGGCUGUGUUCACUUCAUACUAGAAUGAAAAUGUCAGGAAGUUUUGAUUUAGUCUAUUGUUGUUAAGUUUAAAAGAUAAAUCUCUUUUAUAGUGGCGGUCAUGUGCAUGCAAAUAAUUGUUUGUUAGACAUGUUGUCAAGUAUAACAUGAAUAUAAAAGAAUAGCAAUUGCGCUCGCCAUUUAUGAAAGAGGUAUAUGCAUUUGACAGCUAUUUCUGAAUCUUGUCUUUUGCAGUCUUAUACAUCUGCUCUAUUUCAUUUUACAAUUUCUUUGGACUGUCAGUCACAAAGUCUCUAACAGGUAAAAAUUUUAAAAUAUUUCCUUAUUUAUAAUAAACUAUACAACAGUUAUUCACUGAAGUGAUGUAUAGUGAUGAAUAUAUCCACCCCUUUCACCGACGCUGACGCGCGAUUUUUCUCAGUUCGCCCGCUGCGGGAGGAGAAUAGUUAAUCCCUUCCGAACUAACCAAUCAGCGCUCUUAUAAAGCAUCAUUCACCUGUGUGGUACAUUCCAAAUGAACACACGAAUAGGAAAGGAAGUUAAGCCUUAAUAAAGAGAAAUAUCUUAAUGGAGUUUCAUGUGUUGAAAAUUCUCACCAAAGCCCCUAUUUUUGUGAACGCAUUAAAACGUAUUUAUUUUUUUUUAGCGGUUCACAGGACAUUAAUAGAUGCAUGCAGAACUAUUGUGGUCUGGCUUGUGGACCUCUUCAUUCACUAUGUUUUUGAUGAGGUGAUCAGAUUACACCAAAUAUGAAUACAUUGUGACUUCUGUCUUAUAUUUCCAAGAACUGGGUUAUACAACAUGUUUUAGGCGUGAAUGAUGUUUGAUUCAUGUUGCUGUAGGUACAUGUAGUUUUACAUAUCCCUUUUUAUUCUGUGUUAUUUUAUAUCUCCUCUACGUAUUUCGUACUAUAAAAGCAUUUUUUCCUACAUAGCCUACCCUCGACCGCUUACAGUGAAAUUCAGGCAAGUCGAUUUCAUUUGGGAAAUCUGCCAAGUGAUACUGGAUCGUGCAAACUAUUUCCUCUCAAUGAAAGACCUUACUUUAAUUUCUUUUUUAGGUAUCCUUUUGCCGACAAAGUUUUGUUUCAAAAUUUGACUAAUUUGCGUUUUAUUUAUUUUUUUUUUUUCUAGAGUUUUGGCGAGGCUUGGGACAAAAGAUAUGGUAUCUUUCAAGGUGAAAAUAGGGUUUCUGCUAUACGACAUUUUGUGCGUCUUGAGAAAGAUUCAGCCUGAAUGUUUCAACUUUGUCAUUUGUCCGUGUAAAUCUUCUCAAUUCUCAACCAUUCUCGCUUCAUUUUUGUUUACUAUUACUUUCUUGGAGUUUCUCCAGCCCCCUAACAACAUAAGGUCUUAUUAUAAAGAAGAAACUGUUUUCUGAACCAUCAAAUUGCUCGAAAUGUCGAAACUUUAACAUGUUUGGUACUCGAAAUAAAACGAUGUGUUUAAGACUAAUAAAGGGCUUUCUCCGAUUGUUUUUGCAAUACUUUGCUGCAAACUGAGGAUUGUGCCAAUACAACAUAUUGAUUGUUUUUUUCUGUGAAAAUGGUUCUUUUUUUUGCAGUUGAUGGAUUCCUCUUUUUGAUGCUCGGUACAGCUCUUUAUAAUGAGCUAUUGAUUAUUCCUCCAUUGAUGCCCAAGCCUGAGUCUCCACAGGUAACAAGAAAAGUACGAUUAUUUCGAUUAAAGGAGUUAUGGUAAUACUUUGUUUCAAGGGACAAUAACAAGAAGGAAUCACUAUCGGUUUUCUCAUGAAAUCCUUGUUACCUUAAGAAUUUCAAAAUAAUUCUGAAUUACUCUGUAAUUAAUGCGCAGGGAUCGUCGAUCUUAGCUCCCCGCUCGGAGAGAUUUUGAGUAUUCGGUUGUUAGGAGACCUUACUUUGCUUCGCUCUUUGAUUGGUGCAGAAAACUCACGAUAUUCUCUCAACCCGUCAGAUGCAAAACACAAACCAAUUGCAUGGUCGCCCGCGUUUUUCCGCGUGUGGGCCUUUUUGUCGUACUCUGGUACUCUUUGGUCUUUAGGGCUAAAAUGGGCCUUUGUGAUUACUUUGGUUUUGAUUUUACGAUAUUCGAUCGUAAAGCGCUCUAUUAUUCUACAGGAGGAUCAAGCAUCUGAUGAAGAACAAGAUGAAAGCCCAGAAUCUGGCGAGAAUGAACCAUUACUGAGAAGCCGAGACCAAUCAGAACCUUACACAGGGGUUAUAUGAAGAUAUAACUUUGACUUGACGAAAAGCGCACAUUCCUCAAUCUCUCGGACAAGGAAGCUUAGAAAACCAAUUAAUGUGAUUUUCAUCGAUUUGUAAUCUCAUUUUCUCGGGACAUGUAUUAUUAUUUUUACUUUGCCAAUUUGUCAAGAAUAUUCGGGGAAUUUUACGAUAUCCAGGUAUAUAUCACAAGAAAAUCAAGCGGGGAAAACUCUAUCCCUUGUCAGAGAUAUCCAGAGGUAAUGCAGUUGUGUUAAUAGAUUAGCCAAUUUUCCAAAGAAACGACACAAAACAGUAAUGUAAACCUUAAAUAAAUAAAUAUAUAUUUUUUAUAUUGAUAUCUGAAUCCACCAAAGAGCUCGUCGUACCUCUCUCAUAUUUGAUUUUUUUAAGUGAAAGUUGCAA